CAGGACGCGCGCCUCCCCGCCAUCCUCUUCCCCGCCCUGUUCUGCUCCAGCGCGGCGGGGCGCGGGCUGGCCGCGGCGGAAGGCGAGCGGCCCGCCGCUGGGCUGUUGCAGCGGGGCGCCUGCGCGGUGCUGCAGGAGCUCCAGCUGGUGGCUGACCGCUCCAGCUGGAUCUGGGACCUGCGGAGCAUCGCCUGCGCGCUUGAGCUCGCGAGCUGCGCGUGGCUGCGGGCACUCGACGAGGAGGCGCCAGCCGGUCCGUGCGCGGCGCGGCCCUCCUCCAGCGUUGCCCCGGGGGACCCCGACGAGGGCGUGGCCUGGGUGGCCCUCGUGGUGAUGCGCGCCGAGCCCUUCCGCCUGGGGCUUCCCGAGAUCGUCGCCUUCUACGCGGAGAUGUUGUCGCAGCUGGGGAGCUGGCUUCCCGAGCUGCUGUCGGCGCUGACGCCAGGUGCUCGCAGGCCCAGGGUGACCGAGGAGGACAUGCAUCUGCACCUGGCCGCCGUUGCGCUGGCGGCGGUGGGGCGCUGGCUGGCCCUCGCCCAGGAGGCCAGCGCGGAGGCACCCUCGGCCGCGGCGGCCCUCCGCGCCGCGUGGCCGCGGAGCGUCGAGGGGCUGCUGGCCGGCGUGGCGCUGCGGCUGGACGGCGUGCGGGGCGCUGCGCGCGGCGGCGCCGCCGCGCGCCGGCUGCUGCCGGAGGCGC